UUUCUCUCAGUCUGUGUUGAAACUAGUUGGAAAAUCAUCUGUAGCCAGUCUGUAAUGCUACCUUGUCUCUACUGAUCUUCCAGCCAUCAAGGGCUAUCCAGUUGUGAAGAAAGCCUGUCACCAAUAUGUACACUGUUCUUUCUCUGCAUGUGGCACCUUUUUACAGGGCUGGCUGCCUUACCUUGAUGUAGUCUUAGUUGCUGGAUUAAUGUAAAACACCAUUUGCCUCCUCCUUCCAGCUAUCAACGAAGUCCACAAAGAGGACACAUUAGGUAGUGACCACUUUCCAAUUAUAAUUUUCAUGCCAGAUACUAAAAUAACUUGACUAAACCAACUCUCUAGAAUUAACACUGAAAAAAGUCGCGGGAAUCUGUAUCAGUCACAAACAGAAGUGAGUGAUGUAUGGCUCCCUGAUGAUGAUUUAGACACCAAGACUGACAAACAGUAUCAUCAAAGCAAUCACAUCAGAAACACCAAAAGGAAAUUGUAAGGAGCAUAUGUAUUCUGGUCAAUAACUUUAUCUGCAAAAAAGGAACAAACCAAAUGAGAGCAGUUACUGGAAAUAACUGGGGAACGAAUCCAAAAUCAUUGUAUUAGGAUGCACUCGCCAAACCUAUCAGUACUAGAAGAAACCUAUAGAAUUGAUAACAAAGGAAAGGACAGGCCACUAUUACUACAAGAUGCAGUGUCUCCCACCAGACCACCCAGUCCAACAGAUCCAUUUACAACCCCACAGAUACAGGUCACCCUACUCCACAACUCACGAUGCAACAACACGCAGAAAACACAAAGGAUACAUGCAGGUGUGGGUAGUUCGAUCGCGUGUGAAUCUCUGUCUAAUGGUUUAAAGUAAGGCUAGUUUAUGCUUCGCUAUUAUGUUUUGCUUUUUGUAGUAGGAUUUCAUCAUCGUUUGGGGGAGGAGCGACGCUGGAGACUAUCCGAGCCUGAGGAGGGUGAGUGAUGGAUUCUGUGCGAGGCUGUGCAACACGAUGCCGUCGUCGUCGUAGUCAAGCACAGUGUCGUUUUGUACCCUUGUCAGGCCUCUUUCGUGUUUUGAUGUGACCAGGCAGUGAUCGGGUAGCGGGUAAAGUGGGGUGGGGAUGAGAGCGAGGGGAAGAAAAGAGGUCAAAUACAUGCGGAUUUUUCUGUACUUACAUUGGUGUCUGUUUAUGUGGGUGGAAUUGCGUCUCUGUGCUGUAUUGCUUGUGUGUGUGUGAUCGUUUUCCUCUGUGUUAAAUAUUCAGCUUUUCAAAUAAAUGUGUAUUGUCAACAUGUUUACUGAGGGUCGAGUGAUCGACAUUGUCGCUUGCCGCCGUCAUGAGUCACCCCUAAAUGUGGGGUACGUGUGUGAGCGUAACUGCGGGUGUGGGCUGGUUGAAACCCGAGAGACAGAUGUCACUAUAGAUAUUAAUAAAGAUAUCUAACUCGAGAGAAAAUUCUCUCUUUUUCAUUCUCUCUCUCUCUCUCACACAAACACGCAGUCUUGCUCACCCUAAAGGUGUGACAGGAAGCUUAGAAAUGACUGCACAUGCACACAAGAACUUAUAUACAUGUAUAGUGCUUUGUGACCUUGACACAGUUAAUGCUAGACCUCCCAGGAAGUACAAAACGGGUUAACACCCGAAAGGAUCGGUGACUAGCAUUCUGUCUACACCUUAUCAGUCCAGAGAGAGGGUCUACAACUGCAUGACUCCACCCCUAUGUUCAUUGCUAGGGGUAACGUCAAGUGUGUAAAUGUGGUGUAAACAGCUUGAGACAAGCACACGGGGUGUGUUACCCGCCGUGUCUCGUUCUUGUUGGGCACGGGCAAGCCGGUAUUUUCUCCUUGCAAGUCCGUCGAUUACGUGUUCUGCUUACCUUUGCUAUGAUUAUAACAAUAGGCUCGUCGUUUGGACAAAGGUGUGAGCCUACUAACAAGAACAAAUUACAUGGUAAGAGGUAUCGUUAAGUCAGGACAAGGUGUGGUAAUGUGUCUCAAAAACCUUACCAGAGGGAGUUAGUAGGUGGUAGCUGUGUAUGCUAAGGAUAUUUCUUGUCAGCCUGUGUUUUGACGGCGACAAGUUGAGACAGCGGACAAUGUCAACGUCUCUCUCAAACGUUCUCAAGGCAUAAAGAAGAACUAGAUGAACAAGAUGAUUGUGAUGACGAUCCUGACCAUCACGAUGUAGAAACAGUCUGUGACGACAGAGUGGUGAUCACAGGGCGGCCCGAACAAUGGCGACCACUCGCCACGUGACUCGGGCUGCACGUGCCGUGGUCACAGCUGCUGUCUUCAUCUUCAGCAUCCUUCUGUCGUCCAGCGCACAGCCCGUACAAGGAGUGACGUCGUCUUGUGACAUUCCGUGUGUGAUAGGAACGGGACCUACAUCAUUGACAUGCACGUUUAGUGUUGAUGUUAAUAAAACCAAAAGCAACUUCUCGGUGGUCCGCCUCGGAGACGGGGAUAGCAAAGGUGUCGGCAUUGUAAGCUGCACCUGGCGAAAAGACCAGAUGAGUUGCACCACGGCCCCGGGAUACGAGAUCAGCAGCACAGUCACAGAUCACCUCGUCAUCAGAGUACCACGAGCAUCACGUGACCACAGCGGAAGUUACGUUUGUCUCAUGACGGGUUCAAAGAUUGAGAGUUUCGAGCCGUGUGUUCUCAUCGUCAUGCCAGGUGACAAUGCUGGUGUUAUAAUCGGUGUCACAGCUGGUUUCAUUGGCAUCGGAUUUGGCAUUGCCAUCUACAUUGUCAGGAUAUACAGACCUCAAUGUAGAAGUAAUGUGUUCAAAAGGCAUGCGUUUUUAUUGUGGACAAUUUCUAGGACAACAAACCGGUCAGAUGAGAAAGAUCCUGCCAAGAAGAUACCAAUGCUAUCAAAAGAGGAAAAAUCUUCUAUUGUGCAUUUGAUGACUCCAGAGGAGAAAAAAAAUUUAGCGACCUCAGAAAAGGACCAAGAGUUGUCGAUGAGGUGGGUGGAGGCCGCGUUCCCUGAUCUCGACUCUCGCGCCUACUUCCUGCCUCCUGUCUACGUCAACCGCGUGCCCAUGACUAGACAGGCAGCUGCUGGUCAGAGGUUCUCGUCCUUCAGCAAGCAUCUGGGAGAUAAGCCUUCGCCGACUAAGUCUGCCCUGCUUGUCUCGACGUUCUGCUCGACUUCCUAUCGUAGCAGGACAGUGACCUCAGAGAUGACGAGCUAUGCAACGGAUUUUCAUGUGCCUACAGACGAUGUCGGGUUAACAAACAGAGAGAAGUGCAUGGUUGGAAUAAGUCAGCUUCAGUUCGGACACAUCUAA